AUGACCCCAACACAACACCACGGCCACGACACGGAAACGACGCCCCAACGCCACGUCACCAGCCUCAGUAAACGAGCGCGCCAACACGUUGCCACGUCGCUAUCAGCGACGUGCCUGCUAACACCAGGCACACGACGAGGGACAACCACGUCAACGCACGACCACGACCACCACGCCCACAGACGACGACACGCCUCACCACGUCAACGGAGGGCCACGCCAACAAACGACACGCCCACGACGACACCACCACCACGUCAACGGGCGACGACCGCGUCAACGGACGCCCACGUCAACGGACGACGACGACGUCAACAGACGACGAGCACGUUAGUGGACGACGAGCGACCACCGCCACGUCAACGGACCACCGCCACGUCAACAGACGACGACGACGAAGCCAACGGACGACGACAACGCCAACGGAUGACGACGCCAACGGCCGACGACGACAACGCCGCCAACAGACGACAACGCCAACGGACGACGUCGACGAUGCCAAUGGACGGCCACGUCAACGACGACGAGCGUGUCCCGCUCCACCACGUACACACGGCGACGAUAAGUCACCCCUUCUCUAUAUGGCUAGGCAGCCUUAUGCCUCCCCUCCGGGAUACAAGAGUCCUGCGCCGGGUGACCGCGCCCCAGUUCCUGGGUCACAGGAUAAACUACAUGUGGUACCACUUUGCGGCACCACGUUACGAACUCUUUCACGUGUACCACGAAUAUUCUCCACCGCCAUCUCGCACUCACACCUUUGUCGAGAAGUCUCGAUCAGCCCUUCGGUUUCACAAUGGUGGGGGCACCGCGGACUUCAUCAAGAUGAAACUUUCUGUUUCCCAAGCAAACCUAAACUCUAACAAAGGCGAGAAAACCAUUGACCACAUCUCACAUGACACUCCCACACCCUCGUUAGCGCGAAUACCUGCUGCUCUCAAGGGCGACAAUUCCACGUCUACCAUACCCUCGCCAGCGCGAAUACCUGCUGCUUUCGAGGGUAACAACUCGGCUACGACUGACAACGAUUCUACACCUUCAAUAACCGUGAUGACAUUAAAGAAACAAUCUCUCCCAAUCGACACGAGCUAUGCCCACUGCAGUUGCAUGAAAAGCUGCUGUUGUCAGGACUUCGAAAAUCGGUAUUUCCCCUCGCAGACAAGCUCAAGGGUGAUAUCCCCUGAAGAAUUCCCAUCUGAUCAUCACCCUAAUCACCAAUCGCCACCAUUUAAACCAGGCAUCUAUAACGACUGCCACAAGAUCAAAUUCUACAAACCCAACCGCUCUACUAGUCACGAAAUCAUAGUGUCAAUCAGGACCAGGAAAAAAGGGAAUAACCCCAUACUCUCGAUAGCGCGGGGUCCCGCAGCUUCCAAGGGUGACUAUGCUACUCGGUUGAUUGACGAUCCUCCAUGUGCAAUCACGCCGUAUGAAGAUGAGUCCCUUAUCGAUCUAGUCAGCCAAUCCAUCCCGCAAGGCUUGGUAGCGCGAUCGCCUGCAGUUUUCGAGGGUAACCGCCCAGAUAUGAAGGAUGACCGCUCCGUACCUCCCAUACCUGUGAUAGUCCUUGAAAACCAGAAUCCCCCCUCGCGGACAAGUCAGACAACUGUACUCCCUGAGAAAUUUCCAUUCUGUCAACAUCCUAUUGUCUACACGAGCCCUCAGUUGUGUGAAGAUGAACCAACCAUCGACCCGGCCAGCCAAUCCACUCCGGAAACCUUGUUAGUGCGAAACUUCGCAGCUUUCGAGGGUGGCUAUGUCACUUGGCUGAUCGACGAUGUCUCGACCUCGACCAUUCUGUAUAAAGACGAGCCUACUGUCGACCCAGCCCACCAGUCCACCUCAGAAACCCCUUUAGCGCGAAACCUCGCAGCUUUUGAGGGUGGCUACAUCACUCAGCUGAUCAACGACCCCGCGUCCUUGACCAUUCUGUUUGAAGUCGAACCAAUCAUUCCCUUACCCUCAAUAGCGUGA